UAGAGAAUUGUAACCCUAAAACUAAAACGAUUGUGCCGCUGCCUAUCCAUCUCUCACUCUGAAGUCUGAACUGUACUGAGUCUCUUACCUCUCUCUUUACGCAGCACCAGGCGGAGGCAGGCGGAGAGGCAGUUGACUUCGAUCAAUCUUCAGGUGCGGUGAUGUACUCCCGGCUUCGGUCGAAGCUCUCCAGUCUCCAGUCGGUCUCGGUCGUGACUCUCGGACUCAGCUUCAGGCGGCAGGUGAAGGGCUCCCAUUUUUGCAUAUGGUGAACUUUUAAGUUUCAGCUUGCUCCCAUUUGGUUCGCCUUUCUCCAAAUUCUGUUUCAACCUCUUAUGUGUGCACACAACAGGAGACUCAAAAGCAAAAAUGACAGUUUUGAAACGUUACGUGCUGCGGUUGUUCAUGUCGUUGAAAUACAUCACAGCAAAUGUAGUUGACAGAAACAAUGGGCGGAUCAUUGCGACGGCAUCAACGGUCGAACAUUCAAUCAAGAACUCGCUUGAGUGCGGUCGUUCUUGCAAUGCAAAGGCUGCCACAGUUGUGGGGGAGGUGUUGGCUAUGCGGCUGAGGGUGGAAGGCCUUGACCAGGGACAAGGAAGAGGGAUUCAUGUUGAUGUAAAUAAGGAGGUUGAGAAGAAAGGUUUCAAGAAUCGUACCAAAGUUUGGGCUAUUGUUAAUGCACUUAAAAACAAUGGUAUCAAACUCGUUCUGGAAGAUAAUGUUAAAGAAGAAAAUCCAUCCCACCCAAGUUUCUAAACAUUGCCUACUUAGUUUGGAGUUGGCCACUUUUUAUUUCUUCUGUCUAUAUUUGUCAGUUCCUUUUGUAGUGAAAAGCUUUCUAAAUUUAAUGCUUUGGGGCCUUUUGGUAAA